AUGACUCUUCAUCAACUUGCCCGGCUAGCUCAAUCGGUAGAGCGUGAGACUCUUAAUCUCAAGGUUGUGGGUUCGACCCCCACGUCGGGCUCAAUUCCCGUCCGCGAUUGCAGCGCACACAUCUCUUUUCCCUUUUUGCCUGUCCAGAGUUUCGUCAGACUCUUUAGUGUCUCCUGGGAUACUAACCCCAGACACCUCUUCAAGUCACAAUACUUCUGGUGCAGAGGGGUCAAAGGAUUGAGGGACUUAACUUAG